UCCGCUGCCGGAGGGCUUUAGCGCUGCUGUCAGAGUUUUUCUUCACAGACAGAUUAGAUUGCGUUUGUAGAGAGGCUGGAGAGACAAGCUGCUGCAGAGGAACUGCAUUCAUUGACUGGAUUCACUUGAGGUCGGAGAUGAGGUUGUGAAGGCUGCAGCAGCACACUUCCAUCUCGCAUGGGAUUGAGGUUGGAAUUGUCUUGAGUUAUUGGUUGUUCAAAGGCUUUCCAAACGUUUAAGACCAGUGGAAAAGAUGCAUGGAUGCAGCGAAUCUUUGGGACAAAUUUGGUGUCAACAUUAGCCCUUUAUUCCUCUAGAUUCUUCUCCAAAUCAACUCCAUACAUCACAAAGGUUGGAAUCCCUGAGUUUGUAAAUGGAAUAGGGAAUGGAGUUGAAUCCCAUGUUGCUAAGCUUGAAACAGAAAUCGGUGACUUCCAGAAGCUUCUUGUCUGUCGUACCCUCAAGCUCAAGAAGCUGGGCAUUCCUUGCAAACACAGGAAGUUAAUAUUGAAAUAUGCACACAAGUACAGGCUGGGAUUAUGGAGGCCGCGAGCUGAACUGAUCAAAUCAUGAACGGUUUCUUAAUAGCUUUCCUUUAUCACACCUAAAGUUCUAGAUGCGCCAAUAUGUGAAUGCUGGAUUUCGCAUGGAAAGAACAAGUCUAUUGUUUCUGAUAAUACCCAACUUCAUUCCAUUUGGAACAUCUGCAUAAUUUAUGGUAUUUGCACCAUUGAAACGCAAGAGACUUGUCCUAAUUGACCGUCGGUGUGGUUGGUCAUUCUGUUGCAUUUACUGCAUUUGUUUCAUUGUAUGACUUGUUUUUGGCAAAUAGGAGACUGAUGGAUUGAAAGAUUCAGCAAUGCUUCAUUUGUUCCAUGAUAGCUAUGAUAAAACUAAAGGAAUGCUCUUUAUUAUUGUUUCUUUUUGGGGCUAGGUUUAAAUAUCUUCUUGUUGGGAGCAAUCUUGCUCAAGAUAUUGUGAGGCAUUAAAUGUGAACAUUUCUUCUAACAAAAAUCCGGAUGUUGGUUUGUCACAUUGUGAGGAAUUAA